AUGGCUCCUCACCACCUCCACCUGCACCCGGUACGCACCGCCUCGCUGAACCGCCAUGCGUCGUAUACCAGCUCUCCCUCGCCCACUAGCGCGCCGACGAGCGCGCCCACAAGCGCCCCUCGGAUGGACCUGUAUGCGACAACAACUUCCAGAUCCGGCGCAACCUCGACUCAUGCAAGACUGCACAAGCGCGGCGGUUCCAGCAACUCCAACUGCUCUGCGCCGAGCCCCACCGCCCGCUCGCACUCGCCCGAUAUCUCGUCCCUGCCCUACAGGCCCGUCGACACUUCCGGCGUACUACAAGAGGAGGGGCGCCGCAGCCUCGACCUCGCCGUGCACUCCGCCCGCAAGCUGCGCCCCUACCUGCGCCGGCUGCACACCCGCGACGACGUCUCUCUCGACCUGUCGGUGCCCGCGCCGGACCUGGACAGCCCUUCAGGCCUGGGCAUACACGAGUUCCGUGCUCCGCCACGCUCUGUCACCGACUCCGUGACUUUCACUUCGUCAGGUGCCAGGCACCGCCACGUCCACAACCGCUCCACCAGUGGCAACUCGGACCUGUCCAACUCCAGUGGCCGCCGCCAGCCCACCCAACCCACCUUCCUCAGGAACACGCCGCGCCAGAUCAGUGAUCUCAGCGAGCACUCCCAGCCUCCUUCCAUCUACGACGACGACUGCAUUGCUGAAGCCGGCGACAUCAUGUCCGACGACGAGUACCUCUACCGCCAGCACGCCUGUGACCCCCGUCGCCGGUCCGGUUCCAUGUCCUCGACACCCAAUGCGCCUGCGCCGCUUCACUCGGCAUCAAGCGGUUCGGUCAGCCGCCUCGGAAGCCGAUCCCAAACCAGCCUCUCGAACCUGUACGACCCCGUCCGGCAAAGGCGGGACACGAUGAGGUCAGAGACGGCGACUUCUCCCAGUUCGCGUACUUCUCUUGACAGGGCAAUUGGCUUGGUGCGCGGCCGCGAAUCCCCCGUCGACCCCGCAUCACGCGCAGCCUCGAUCCGCGCCCUGCGCGCCGAGUUCCAGGCAAAGGAAGAGGCCAAGGAACGCAAGGCGGAGAAGGAAGCGGCCAAGCGGCGGGAUCGCGAGGAGCGGAAGCGUGCCAAGCUGGAAGAGCGGCACCCCGGAAGGCCGGAGAUGGAGGAGAUCAACGAGAAGGCCGACUCGACCGUCGAUGCUGGGGAGUACCCUUCAGCGCCCUCGAGCAACGCGACGGCGCACAAUGGCAGCCUGCCGUCUUACGUGCUCCAGAGCAGCGCGCCGCCGGGGCCGCAACGGAGCAACACGGCGUCGAAGCGACCUCGGCCCCGAGUGAAGGGCCGGUGGGCAACGUUCGUUGCGUGGUUCCGCACGCGGCUGCUCCGGCUGAAGUGCAUAUGA